UGCCUAUAUUUAGACAAUUGACAUUUAUCAACUGCGCAAACUCCAUUCGCCCCAAAUUCGAUAAAAAUCACCAGUAAAAUGGCCGCCGAAAUGUUUUUAUUUACAUUUACCAUAAACAGUUUUAAAUAGACCGUGAUAAAAUGGUGAUUCGAAAAGCGAACGCAUCGGAAAGUGGCCCAAUAUUGUGAUACUUCAAGAAAUAGAAAAAUGCUUCUUUUUUUAAUUAAAGGUCUACUUUUGUCGAUUGUAGUCGGUGCCAACGACACUCUUUGUCCUGCUAAAUGUGUGUGCAAAAGAGUAAAUCAACGUGACGAGUUGAAGCUACGUUGUGGCGAGCCUGAAAAUAAAAUUCUUAGUUUUGAAGAAAUUGAUUUGCUUAACAUCGCCAACGAUAUUGUUCAAUUCAAUCUGUCAAAUAAUCUCUUAGACACCUUCUUCCCAAAAGUACAAUUAAUAGCUCUACAGAAACUCGAUUUAAGUAAAAACCGAUUAACGGAAUUGCAAGACAACCAAUUUACCGAAUUGCCAAAUUUAAGAAGAUUAGACAUAUCAGGAAACAACAUAAAAACUAUACAGUUGUUGGCUUUUGCUAAGCUUGGAAGUUUGGAACGUCUGAAGUUGAGCCAGAAUCAAAUCAGUACCAUUGCUUUAGGAACGUUUAAUCCACUCGUGAGCUUGAAACAAUUAGACAUAUCAAGUAACCCUCUAACAUGCGAUUGCAGCCUUCUAUGGCUUCUCGAUUGGAGCCAAAAAGAAUCGGUAAAACUUCUCUCAAAUCCCACUUGCAACACCCCACCAUCAUUCAAAAACCUUCCACUUCGAAAACUAAAAAUUGGUGUAGACAUCCACUGCAAAUCGAAAGCUCUCAGCAAAGGUUUCCCUAUAAUCGAAAUGAAACCAUCUGUCAAUCAAGUUGUUUUCGAAGGUGAUCCUUUGAAACUCCAAUGCACAGCCCCUAGCAUAUCAGACACAUAUGAUUCACCUCUGAGCUCGAAAAUCGAAUGGACUUGGUUAGAUUCGGACCCGAAAUUGUAUUUCUCUGACGUUACAAUUGAGAAUCAUUUUUUGCAAAGUACCGGAUUGGUCGCUAGCACUUUACAAAUAGCGAAAUUGAAGAGAAACCAUACGGGAAUUUGGACCUGUUUGUUGCUUUCAAUGCAGGGGAAUCACUCGAAAGGCAUUACGAUUGUGGUGAUUUCGGAUGAGACUGAAUACUGUCCGAUUACUGUCACUUCGAACAACAAAGGGACGUAUACGUGGCCUCGAACUGUUGUUAAUUACACGGCGACAGUUCCGUGUGAAUCCCCGAAUUUGAUUUACGACGUUUCGUUGCAUAAAGCUUCGUAUUUUUGUUCGGAGGAGGGACAGUGGGAGAAUUUGAACACUUCAGCUUGUUCGUAUACGUCCGAAACGACGAAAAUACUCGAGCAGUUUUCGAAAGUCAAUUCGAGUAUUGUCGAGAGUGCUAAACAUUUUAAAAAUUAUACAUCGACCAUGGAGCAUUUUAAAGAUGAAAUGGAUAUUGUUUUUGCUGUUGAAACGAUGGAAAAUUAUUUGAGGUAUUUGACCGUUAAUCAAAUUGGUGGAGUACUUAUGGAUGUGACGAAUAAUUUGUUGAAUUUACCAAAGGAGUAUCUCAGAUGGGCCGAUUAUCGAUAUGGGAGUUGUAGGAAGUUGGUUAAUAUCAGUGAGAGGUUGGCGGGGAUUAGCACGACGGCGUUAUUACACAAGUCCAACAUGGCGACGGAAAUAUUCCCUGUCAAAAGAAACGGCUUCUCAAGUCUGAAAUGCACUUGGUAUACAGACAUCCAAAAAGAAUCUGAACGUCUUUUCUAUUGUGUAACAAACAGCAACAGCGACACGACCGAACUUCCUGGAAAAACGAUAGAAGCUUCAAUCACGAUACCGGAAACACUUUUCGAACAACUCGAAGACCAAAACUUCGACCUCUCCGACAAAAUCUACAAUAUUCUCAUUUCGGUAUAUUCGACAAACAAAUUUUUUCCUCUUGAUGAAAAACGUGAGAAUAAAGUGGACGUCACAUCGCCGGUAGUUGGGGCAAAAUUAGUGGACAUCUCUGUGACGAAUUUAACCGAUCCGAUCUUCGUCAUGUUGAAAACUCCAUCCGAAGAAGGUAUCCUCACGCCCGUCUGGUGGGAUAAUGACAAUUGGUCGUCUGAAAGUUGUCACUUUAGUCACAAUUAUCAAGACCACGUGGUUUUCUACUGUCACAAUUUCGGUUACUAUGGACUUUUGCAAGACGUUUCGGACUUGCAAAAUUCAAUCAUCGGUGUAAAGUUUAAAUUAUCGCAUCCGGCUGUUUAUGUUGGCAGUUUUGUACUAUUCACCUCACUCCUUGUUGUUAUUGUAAUUUAUUUGAUUUCUUACGCUUCGAUUCAAAUGCCGAAAAAAGCCAAACACUCUUUGAUCAAUUUAUGGAUUUCGGUGUGUCUUUUAUGUUUUUUGUACGUUUUUGGAAUUUACCAAACUGAGGACAUACGAGUUUGUCAAAUUGUCGGUUUGUGUUUACACUACUUGACUUUGUCUUCGUUACUUUGGAUGUGCGUCGGUGUAAAUUGCAUGUAUAAAAGAUUGAGUAAAAACGACGUGUUGGAGUUGCAAGACGACGAAUUAGUGUCGGAACAGCCGGUUAAAAAAUCGAUAAUAGGUCUCUACUUUAUCGGUUGGGGUGUAGCUCUUAUAGUUUGCGGUAUUUCGGCCGCGAUAAACAUCAAAGAUUACGCAUCGCCGACUUAUUGUUUCCUUCGGAACGGUCCACCACUCAGCGCCCUCUAUAUACCCUUCACAAUUCUCUUUCUGUUCCUGUGUAUCUACUUUCUGUUGAUACGGUGCGCCAUCUAUGGUAUUGACGCGAACGGCCAUCUGAGUGAAGGGACUCAAGCCACGGAAAAUGUCGAUUUAGACUUAUUAGAGCCGAAUUUUCCCGAAACUAGAAGUGUUGUAAGUGAAUCUAGUUCAAGCGAAGUCGAGGAUCCCGAACAUGCACCUUCGGUCCAACUAAAGUCCUAUGUAAUUUUUUUAUUUUUGUACAUUUUGACAUGGGUUUGUUGUGCGUUUGCCACCAUCGAACCGACUUUUGUUUCAUACCAAAACGACGUUUUUAGUAUUAGUUAUGCGGUCCUUGCGAUCGUUUUGAGUGUGUUUACUGUGUUUUUCUAUUGUAUUGCUCGGAGUGACGUGAGAGGGAUUUGGAUCCAAUUGAGGCGGAAACAGAUAUGUUUCCGGGGUCGCAACGUCUCCGACACUGUUCCAAAUUUACCAAAUUCGGUCGAAAUCGUAUCGAGAUCAAGCAGUCGGUCCUCGAGUCGAACCAAGUCGAGUAAUUUGAAAGCAGCGGUGGAUUUGAACGGUUAUAAUAGCGACGGGGCGAAAAUAAACAACGUCAAUUUGAUUGUUUUACACCGACAACAAUACAGAACCACCAUUCCGAACAUUAUCGAAAAUCCGACGAGUGCUGCCGAAGUGUUCUACAAUCCGCAUCAGAGUAUAGUAGCGCGGAAGUUUUUCAGGCGCCAGAAGCGCCACAUGAUGAAACGGAAUAAUUUGGUACCAAACGUUAGCGACUUGAAGAAAGACAAUUCGAGCAAUGACCAGAGUAUCUACGGGACUAAUUCGAAAGUCAACAAUACGAAUAUACACGUAGAACGGGUGCGAAAAAAGCAGAAAAAUCCGAAUUUGUUUUCGGAUAGCGGAGAUGAGUGUGAGAUUUCGGUCGACGAUCUUGCAGAGAAAUUGCGGAAAAAGUCGCGGAAAAACAAAACACAAUCGAUUGAGAAUAACAUGAGGUCGGUGUCGCAGCAGUGCACUUUGGAAUACAGUUCGGAGAAUAUCUCUGAUUCGAUUUUGGAUAAAACCAGUCCAGGUGAGAAAGCCGAAGUCGAUAAAGUUCCUAGAAUUUUUGUCAACCCGUCACAUGAUCUCAACUUGCAGAAACGAAUACAAAGUAGAGCUAGUAGUGUGUCUGUGAGUGACUUGGACGAGUUGUAUCAGCAGAUUCGGAGGGGUCCAAUUGUAAAUAGUUUCAACGUGACUAGGAAUAGUCCGUGUUUUUCAGAUUCCGAUAUUACCGACCAGUAUAGAGAACAGACAUACCUCAGCGACAAUGUCGAAACGACUGUUUGAGAUUAAUCGAGAUUAUUUUUGAUCUAUCCUAUUUAAUGUUGUGCUGUUUGUUGCCGAAAAUACGUAACUGCGGCCGGUAUUGCAGGUUUCUUUAAUUGCCGUGAAAUGCUCAAUAUUUAAUUUCUCGUAUUAGCUAGGUAAAGAUAUAUUUUUUGUAUGCGAUUUAUGGAAUAUUAUACAUCGAAAUGUGCAUUAUUAGUACAAUUAAGAAUUAUUUAUUUGCUAAACGUGUGCACUGUUUCAAUUUUAGAAUAGAACUGAUUUACGUCGAUGUCGCAAGACGUAUCAUACCUGUGAUAUAUUUAUAUUAAAAAAAUACCAACCUAAUUAUUUAUGUUUGGUAGUGACACAGAAUGUUUUUAAAUCAGUUUUACUUCUAGAAGACGUAUUAUUACAUGCGAAGCUUUUGUAAAUUAUUUUUAAAAAGCGUGUAAUUGAAAUUAUGAUGUCAUUUGAUGUUGAUGCAAAGGCAGUCUGUUGUAAGUAUUAAAAAAAGAGUACAAUUAUGUACAAUAUUAUAAAGACUGUUAGCUAUUAAAAGAAUAUACAAAAUGCUAAAAGUAAAUACUGAUUGUUAAUAUUUAUGGAUUCAUUGUGUAAAAUAUUGUAUUCGAAAACUUAAGAAGUAAGCAUACAAUUAUUGCGUAAGGAUUUGUUGUUUCAUUAUUUUCCUAGACCUUCUCAAUUUGUGAUAGAAUGAUAAGUGUACAAUGCUUCGUAAAUUAAAAGAAAAUACAAACAACUUAA